UCCCGUUUAAUCUCAGAAGAUUCCCCUCAAAUGAACCGCAUUCUCUCGUAGUUCGAUUCAGAAGACCCGAAUUGUAACGCAAUCGGAUCCUAUUCGGAGCUCCGGCACCGCAAAGAAGCUCCAACCGUGGCUCCCUCCGGCCACCAGCAUCAAAACAGCAGCCUCACCCGUAGAAAAUCGGCGCCGGCGUCCGCCUUUGCCUCCGCUUCGACAUCGGGUCCGACCCGAAUAGUGUAUAGGGAGUCUGUUGGCCCCUCGUCCGACUCGGAUCUGAACCUACCGUUUUGGCAGAAGACUUGGUUCAUAGUUUUGUUGCUUGCCAUGGCAGUUUCGUUUUUUGGCCUCGCGAUUUUCCUGCUGCUAACACUCGACUCUGAUUAUGCGUCGGCUCCGGUUUCCGCGGCCUCCGAAGGCGUUCAGAUUACAUAUGGUUCUGUCAUCAAGCUCAUGCAUGAGAGAACGAAGUUCCGGUUACACUCACAUGAUGUUCCUUAUGGCUCUGGUAGUGGGCAGCAGUCUGUUACUGGUUUUCCUAAUGUCGAUGAUGCUAACAGCUACUGGAUUGUGAGGCCUACAGUAGAUUCAUCUGCGAAGCAAGGGGACACAAUCAAAGGCGGAACGCUCAUCAGGUUGCAGCAUAUGAGAACUAGGAGGUGGCUGCACAGUCACUUGCACGCAUCUCCCAUAACUGGAAAUUUGGAGGUGAGUUGCUUUGGCAGUGAUGGAGAGUCUGAUACUGGAGAUUAUUGGAGACUUGAAAUUGAGGGGAGUGGAAAGACUUGGAGACAAGAUCAAAGGAUCAGGCUUCGGCAUGUAGAUACUGGUGGGUACCUCCACAGCCAUGACAAGAAAUAUACCCGUAUAGCUGGGGGUCAGCAAGAGGUGUGUGGUGUUCGAGAAAAGCGACCUGAUAACGUCUGGUUGGCAGCCGAAGGAGUGUAUCUUCCCAUAGCUGAAAGCAAGUGAAGUUGCCCAAAACCUGCUAUCAUCAUCACGACAAAUCCUUUUUCCCUCUUCCCUUUAAUUUCCUCCAACUGCCGUCACAGAAUGUAGUGUAAGCUUCUACGAAGAUACAAGGGUCGAAACAGUUUUGAAAAUGGUCUUAUGUAAUUUUCCCACAGGGAGAUUAGAUUUCAUUAUCAAUUCAGCAACCUUCAUUAUGUCUUGCA